AUGCCAACACAGAGAGGCAUGCUGGGCACCAGGGAGCAGGUCCUGCUCGUCACCCAGACUGGCAUCCCUUCCCUGCUUUGCAGAACUACAGAUCCUGAUUCCUCAGCAUGUGGCUUAACACCAUGGGUGGAAAAGGCAGAAUUAGAACAAGGAUGCACAUCAGGAAAACAGCUGGUGAGAAGCUCUGCUGUGCAGCUGCUGUUGAAUGGGGAAAGCAGUGCGCUGGUAUAUCCCAAGGAUGUCGGGGAAGGUUUGGCUCGGGAGCACAGCAGCUUUGUAGAACUCCUGGUUACCAUGGUGGAUAAUGCAGAUCCACACAACACCAAAGGGGCAGUCCGGUGUUCCCGAAAGACCGAUUUUCCGCUGCUUCCUCUCACACUCCGUCCCAUUCCUGUCCCCUCCAGAGCUGCCGCAUGGGGCAAUGCCUCCGUGUUUGCGGACUUCGUCCUCCUGGGGCUCUUCAGCACCUCCCGGCUCCCCUGGCUCCUCUUCACGCUGGUUCUCCUGGUCUUCCUGGUCUCCAUAGCCAGCAACACCAUCAUGAUCGCGCUCAUCUACCUGGACGCCCGGCUGCACACGCCCAUGUACUUCUUGCUCAGCCAGCUGUCCCUCAUGGACAUCCUGUACAUCUCCACCAUCGUGCCCAAGAUGCUGCUGGACCAGGCGAUGGGCCAGCGGGCCAUUUCCUUCGUAGGCUGCACCACGCAGCACUUCCUCUACCUGACCUUGGCGGGGGCCGAGUUUUUCCUGCUGGGCCUCAUGUCCUACGACCGCUACGUGGCCGUGUGCAGCCCGCUGCGCUACCCGGUGCUCAUGAGCCGCAGGGUCUGCGUGCUGAUCGUGGCGGCCGCCUGGCUGGGCGGCUCGGUGGACGGCUUCCUGCUGACCCCGGUCACCAUGCAGUUCCCCUUCUGCGCCUCGCGGGAGAUCGACCACUUCUUCUGCGAGGUGCCUGCGCUUCUGAAACUGUCCUGCGUGGACACCUCGGUCUACGAGACAGCCAUGUACGCAUGCUGUAUCCUCAUGCUGCUCAUCCCCUUCUCCGUCAUCGUGGCCUCCUACGCCCGCAUCCUGCUGACAGUGUGCGCCAUGCGCGAGGCCGAGGGCCGGCAGAAGGCAGUGGCCACCUGCUCCUCUCACAUGGUGGUGGUCAGCCUCUUCUACGGGGCUGCCAUGUACACCUACGUGCUGCCCCACUCCUACCACACACCUGAGAAGGACAAGGCCGUGUCCGCCUUCUACACCAUCCUCACACCCCUGCUCAACCCGCUCAUCUACAGCCUGAGGAACAAGGACGUGGCAGAGGCCUUGCGGAGGGCCCUGGGCCGGGGCCUGUGCUCCCGGAGGGUGACCGCAUUCUGA